AGUCUCUUUGCUCCUCUCUUCCACGUCCCAACAAACCCAACCCGACAAUCUCAACCACAGGCAGACACUAAUACUACCAUGGCUCGACAAUCGAAACAGAUCCCCGCUCGCCGUGCCCGACAGCGUCGAACGACCACGCCAACAAUACGAACAAAGCAAGUAGCCUCGCAAGACUCCAAACGGCAACGUGCGAAGAAAGCAUCUCUGCUGAAGCGACUCGGCCCCGCUCCAGACGCGCAGCAGCGGACGAUGAAGCCAAAGUCGAAGCGGAGGGCGCAGAUGCUGGCCAUUGCGGCUCGGAAGGUGACGCGCGAGCAAUGGACCACGAUCGCAGAGGAGACCCGCCAGAUCGUCUUGGGAGAUGGCAAGUACGUCGAAGAACGCCGUCCAUCCGUUCUCUCUUCGUCCGUUGCUCAUUCCGAUCAGCGACUAGUCGCUGAUAGUACAUCUCAGGAGGCCGCGCCUUCUACGGUGCGCGUUGCGCACGACAUCUCUGCACAGAUCUUGCUCAGUGUACAGAGCACUACAUUCUAUCCCCACUACUCUGGCCCUCUGGCCCAAUGGGCUUCGUCUUCGAGACGUACCACGUCUUCUGGCACCAUCGUUGACUUCAUGCACUGCUCAACCCUCGUUGCUGCGCGCCGUAUAUGCUCAUCAACAACAACGACAAGCACGCCUUCUUCCCCUGUCGGCGUUCUUUCCUUUGCCUCACCCAAGAAACCUGGUGGCGGCUACCUUCAUGGCGGCGAUGAGCAAGAAGAAGUUGUUGCACGACACAGCUCACUCGUGGCCAGCCUGAGUUCUCCGGCAGCGCAAGCCUUCUAUCAAGAGCAUCGCAAGUAUCGCUCAGAGGACGGCAGUGGCCUGCAUGACCACUCCAUGGUCUAUUCUCCUAACGUUGUCGUCUUCCGCGCCGACGCAGACGACACCACAGAGAGCACUUCCACCUUUGGUGCCGUCUGUGGUGCAUUCAUUGCUCCAUACACUAUCAAUGUUCUCUCCGCGGUGCCCGUGAACGCCGCCGCUGUCCGAGCAAAACACGUCAUCCUCCCCGGCGAACGCGACUUCUUCGAGGACGGCAUUCGGACUGUCGCUCAGGAGCGCAUGGCGCGUGCUCUGCGCGUCUUCGAGGAGCGCGGCGACCAUACGCUCGUCCUCGGUGCGUUCGGGUGCGCGUCGAGCGAGAACAGUGUCGAGACUAUCGCUGCGAUCUGGGCGGAGCUCCUCGUAUGUGGCAGCGGCGUGGCCUCGGAAGGCGCCCGGUUUAAGGACGUCUUCGAUCACGUCGUGUUCGCGGUCCCCGGGAAGCAUUUCGCGAAGUUCAAGGAUGCGUUCGAGAUGCGGGUGUUCGAGGCGGAGGUCGCUAAGGCUGCGCUCAGCGAUUAGGUGUUCGCUCGAUUAACCUUAUCUCUUAAUCUGUUAGUUUUUAUUCUUAUUUUUCUUGGUGUAUCAUGUAUCUUUUUCCGUUUACAGGAACGACGUCGCGAACGUGGUAUACCCCAAAGAGAUUCAGAAACUAAAUAGCUGUAUUUGUACUCUCGUUUUGUGUCUAGCUGUUUCUUACUGUUGAAUAACGUUUAAGCGUGUACUGUGCGAUGGAUUGCGAACGUCUGAUCCAGGAUCUCCAGGCUGCUCGUUGCCGUCCUCGACCGGCGUUUCGGACCGGACUCCGAGUUCGACCAUCCCAGACGCAUCAGUCGCCGGUGGGCUACUCCUGCCACCACCACCACCACCACCACCUACCACCACCAUCCGGAGUUAUAGCACUUGCGUUGCUUUAUGGCGCAUAGAUGAAAUGACUGAAGCUCCUUGUUAAGUAAACGUAGCUGACGAUGCGUGUGACUGAAAAUUUCUCAGCGAACAGGCAGGCCCGUUGCGGGAAGGCUACACGACGUUUCCAUAAUCUGUCAGCUGCUCAUUACGCACGCUUAUUGACAACAAGAUAUGUCACCGUACCAAGCGGCUGCGCGGGGAUUCGCGAAUGAGCUCGAGACGUGCACCGCCUUCAGCUUUCGCCCUGCCUCUCAGCCAAAAGCAGACGUGGCGCUGCAGGAGGGAGAUCUUCUGCCUGCAGUACUGGCGCAAGCCUCCUCCCAUAUGUGGUUGGUCGUGCGCGUCUGUGCCCGCGCGUGUGCUCGCAAAGCUGUUGCACGGUGGAGGAAGUCCUCGGUCAGGCUGCGCUUGAUGAUGACUGCCCCAGACCGAGGCAGACACGGUCUGAGCGGGUCAUCCCGGAGGCCGAGCCCUGCGAUACCCGACGGGUCUCGUCAUUUCCACAGCUGCCUGAGCCGGUUCGUUGGCGCGCUGCGUCCCGUAUUCUGACAUUGUUGUUCCGCCUGCGCAGGCUGGUGGCAGCGCGUCCGAAGCGAGGUAUAAAAGCUGUGGUAUACCCGUUCAGCUUGAGCUCAUCGCCCUUCACGCAAUGCUUGGUUCGUCUACUCUCCCCACACAAUCCGAGUCAUCCUCUCGGGCGCAUACCCGUGACGAACGUUCUCAAGCUGUCCAACACGACGAGCACGUUGUCCCCAUCGCGACUGGUGAGUGGCGGACUACAUCACAAGUCUUUCU